GAGAUGGGGGAGCUCUUAUUUUGACAGGGGCCUCUCCCGGCUCUGGUAUGAAGGCAGAAGGAGGCAGCCAGAGAGCCCCGAUGCUUAUUCAGGCUGGGGAGAGGAGCCGAGUGGAGGGGCGAGCGAGGCUCCGGCAGCGCAGGGGAGCCCGGGGAGGCGGCGGCGCGCGGCGGAGCCAGUGGCUGGACAUGCCCCGGAUCCGGGGCCGCUGCAGCACUGCCGCCGCCCGGAGCCAGCCGGCCAGACGCCCGCACGCCUGGGUCCCCUGGCGCCGCGCCGCCCGGGGACUGCGACCUGGACCCUCGGCACCCGACCAACAAUAAGCGCCUAGACAGCCCCCUCCCCGCUCCGCGCCCGCCGUCCCCGCCGGCCUCGGGGAAAGUGAAAGGAGGAGGCGAAGGAAGGAAGGAAGGAAGGGAGGGAGGAGGAGGAGCAGGAGCGGCAGCAGCCAGAGCGGUGAGGUUUGGGCCGAGACCCCAGCCCGGAGCCCCGGCCCGGCGGUGCGCUAGCUCUCCCGCCGCUGCCGGCGCCCAGAACCAUGCACCCCGGUUAGGAGGCAGGAACCCAGGCAACCAGCGCCUCCGGGCUACCUGCUCGCCGGCCGGCCUGGUAUUGAGAUCAAGGCGUCCAGGAUCAAAAAGAUCACCGCCUGCCCGCCUUCGCGUCUCCACUGUCCUGCUGGAGGAUCCCAGUCCACCCAACGACCCUGACCAGGUUAUGGCGACCAGCUCCGGCCUGGCGUGAGGACCCCCGACUGGUGCGAGGGAGCCCCCAUCCCAGACCACAUCCCUGAGCCUGAACCUGACACAGUCCCUGCUCCAGUACCGAGUACCUGGCUGGGCCCUGGGCACGCACAGGGGCCGUAGCCCCCACUGUGCGUGGGAGCCAUGAGGAUCCUGGCUAACAAGACAAGGUUACCCCACCCCAGGAGGAGAGAAACUCCGGGGAGUCCGCCGCUGUCCCCUCGUGGCCACUGCCCCCCUGCCCCAGCCAAGCCAAUGCACCCAGAAAAUAAACUGACCAAUCAUGGCAAGACAGGGAAUGGAGGGGCCCAAUCCCAGCACCAGAAUGUGAGCCAAGGACCCACCUGCAACCUGGGCGCCAAGGGCGUGGGGGCGGGGAGCCAUGGGGCCAAGGCCAGCCAGAUCUCACCUAGCAACUCAAGUCUGAAGAACCCCCAGGCAGGAGUGCCUCCUUUCAGCUCACUCAAGGGCAAGGUGAAGCGGGAGCGCAGCGUGUCAGUGGAGUCUGGAGAGCAGCGGGAGGCCGGGACGCCAUCCCUCGAUUCAGAGGCCAAAGAGGUGGCACCCCGGAGUAAACGGAGGUGUGUGCUAGAGCGGAAGCAGCCAUACAGUGGGGACGAAUGGUGUUCUGGACCGGACAGCGAGGAGGAUGACAAGCCCAUUGGGGCCGCCCACAAUUGUAAUGUAGCAGACCCAGCCAUGGCCGCCCCACAGCUGGGUCCUGGCCAAACUGCCCAACUGCCCCUCAGUGAGAGCAGUGUACCAGGACCCCCACAUGGCCCCCCACCCGGCCUUCGGCCUGAUGUCCCUGGGGGUGGGGGUGGUGGCGUCCCAGGAAAGCCGCCAUCACAGUUCGUGUAUGUCUUUACCACCCACCUGGCCAACACGGCUGCAGAGGCAGUACUGCAGGGCCGGGCAGAGUCCAUCCUUGCCUAUCACCAGCAGAACGUGCCCCGGGCCAAACUGGAUCAGGCCGCUAAAGUGCCACCCACCCCGGAACCACUACCCCUGAACGCGCCAUCAGCAGGUACACCGCAGUCUCAGCCACCUCCGUUGCCACCGCCACCCUCAGCCCCUGGCAGUGCCCCUCCUGCUCUGCCGACGGAUGGGCCUCCCGAAGACACGAGUCAGGACCUGGCCCCCAACUCAGUGGGAGCUGCCAGCACAGGUGGUGGGACCGGGGGCACCCACCCUAAUACCCCAACGGCUGCCACUGCUAGCAACCCCCUGCCACCCGGAGGAGACCCUGGCAGUGCCCCUGGCUCAGCCCUCCUGGGGGAGGCCACCCCCACAGGAAAUGGGCAGAGGAACCUGGUGGGCUCCGAGGGCCUGUCCAAAGAACAGCUGGAGCACCGCGAACGCUCCCUCCAGACGCUGCGAGACAUCGAGAGGCUGCUGCUCCGCAGCGGGGAGACGGAGCCCUUCCUCAAGGGGCCCCCCGGAGGAGCUGGUGAGGGAGGCCCACCAGCACAAGCUCCCUCUGCCACUCAGCAACCUCCCUCGGCCCCUCCCAGUGGGCUCAAGAAGUACGAGGAGCCCCUGCAGUCAAUGAUUUCACAGACGCAGAGCCUAGGAGGCCCCCCACUGGAGCAUGAGGUGCCGGGGCACCCCCAGGCUGGGGAUAUGGGAGCGCAGAUGAAUAUGAUGGUGCAGAGGCUGGGCCAGGACAGCCUGACACCUGAGCAGGUGGCCUGGCGCAAGCUGCAGGAAGAGUACUACGAAGAGAAGAGGCGGAAAGAGGAGCAGAUCGGAUUGCACGGCGGCCGCCCUCUGCAGGACGUGGUGGGCAUGGGAGGCAUGAUGGGGAGGGGGCCCCCACCUCCUUACCACAGCAAGCCUGGCGAUCAGUGGCCGCCCGGAAUGGGUACACAACUCCGAGGGCCUAUGGAUGUCCAAGAUCCCAUGCAGCUCCGAGCUGGACCUCCCUUCCCUGGUCCCCGUUUCCCAGGCAACCAGAUGCAAAGGGUGCCUGGAUUUGGAGGUAUGCAGAGUAUGCCCAUGGAGGUACCCAUGAAUGCCAUGCAGAGACCUGUAAGGCCAGGCAUGGGCUGGACUGAAGACUUGCCUCCGAUUGGGGGACCCAGCAAUUUUGCCCAGAAUGCCGUGCCCUAUCCAGGUGGGCAGGGUGAGGCAGAGCGAUUCAUGACACCUCGUGUCCGGGAGGAGCUGCUGAGGCAGCAGUUGCUGGAGAAGCGGUCCAUGGGCAUGCAGCGUCCCCUGGGCAUGGCAGGUAGCAGCAUGGGACAGAGCAUGGAGAUGGAGCGGAUGAUACAGGCGCAUCGGCAGAUGGAUCCUACCAUGUUCCCAGGGCAGAUGACUGGUGGAGAUGGCCUGGCUGGCACUCCCAUGGGCAUAGAGUUUGGUGGAGGCCGGGGCCUCUUGAGCCCUCCCAUGGGACAGUCUGGCCUGAGGGAGGUAGACCCACCCAUGGGGCCUGGCAACCUCAACAUGAACAUGAACGUGAACAUGAACAUGAACAUGAACCUGAAUGUGCAGAUGACGCCACAGCAGCAGAUGCUGAUGUCCCAGAAGAUGCGAGGCCCUGGAGACAUGAUGGGACCUCAGGGCCUCAGUCCUGAGGAGAUGGCGCGGGUUCGCGCCCAGAACAGCAGUGGCAUGAUGGGUGGCCCACAGAAGAUGCUCAUGCCUUCGCAAUUUCCCAAUCAGGGCCAGCAGAGCUUCUCUGGGGGCCAAGGACCCUACCAGGCUAUGCCCCAGGACAUGGGCAACACUCCAGACAUGUUUAGUCCUGACCAGAGUUCGAUGCCCAUGGGCACUGUGGGCACCGCCCGGCUCAGCCAUAUGCCUCUGCCCCCUGCAUCCAAUCCUCCUGGGUCUGUGCACUCAGCCCCCAACAGGGGGCUGGGCAGGCGGCCUUCAGAUCUCACCAUUAGUAUUAAUCAGAUGGGCUCACCAGGCAUGGGGCAUCUGAAGUCACCUACCCUUAGCCAGGUGCACUCCCCUCUGGUCACCUCACCCUCUGCCAACCUCAAGUCACCCCAGACUCCCUCACAGAUGGUGCCGUUGCCUUCUGCCAACCCGCCAGGACCUCUCAAGUCACCCCAGGUCCUCAGUUCUUCCCUCAGCGUUCGUUCACCCACUGGCUCACCCAGCAGGCUCAAGUCUCCCUCCAUGACGGUGCCUUCUCCGGGCUGGGUCGCCUCUCCCAAGACGGCUAUGCCUAGUCCUGGAGUCUCCCAGAAUAAGCAGCCGCCUCUCAACAUAAACUCUUCCUCUACCCUGGGCAAUAUGGAACAGGGUGCCCUCCCACCUGGUGGCCCCCGAAACAGUUCCUCAGCUCCUCCUGCCAACCCUCCCAGUGGCCUCGUGAACCCCAGCCUACCAUUCACAUCCUCCCCAGACCCCGCGCCUUCCCAGAACCCUCUGUCACUGAUGAUGUCUCAGAUGUCCAAGUAUGCCAUGCCCAGCUCUACCCCGCUGUACCACAACGCCAUCAAGACCAUCGCCACCUCAGACGACGAGCUGCUGCCUGACCGGCCCCUGCUACCCCCACCCCCACCACAGGGCUCUGGGCCAGGCAUCAGCACUAACCAGCCCAACCCAAUGCACCUGAACUCCGCCGCUGCCCAGAGCCCCAUGGGCCUGAACUUGCCAGGCCAGCAGCCCCUGUCCCAUGAGCCCCCACCUACGAUGUUGCCCUCCCCCACCCCUCUGGGGUCCAACAUUCCACUGCACCCCAAUGCACAGGGGACAGGGGGCCCUUCUCAAAACUCAAUGAUGAUGGCCCCAGGAGGCCCAGACUCCCUAAAUACCCCUUGUGGCCCCGUGCCCAGCUCCUCCCAAAUGAUGCCGUUUCCUCCUCGGCUGCAGCAACCCCACGGUGCCAUGGCCCCCGCUGGGGGUGGGGGUGGGGGGCCUGGCCUGCAGCAGCACUACCCUUCAGGCAUGCCCCUGCCCCCCGAGGACCUGCCCAGCCAGCCACCUGGUCCCAUACCCCCCCAGCAGCAUCUGAUGGGCAAAGGCAUGGCUGGCCGAAUGGGCGAAGCGUACCCACCUGGUGUGCUCCCUGGGGUGGCAUCAGUACUGAAUGACCCAGAGCUGAGUGAGGUGAUCCGGCCCACCCCUACCGGCAUUCCUGAAUUCGACUUAUCCAGAAUCAUCCCCUCUGAGAAACCAAGCAGCACCCUCCAGUACUUCCCCAAGAGCGAGAACCAGCCCCCCAAGGCUCAGCCCCCCAAUCUGCAUCUCAUGAACCUGCAGAACAUGAUGGCGGAGCAGACCCCCUCUCGGCCUCCCAACCUCCCAGGCCAACAGGGGGUCCAGCGGGGGCUCAGCAUGUCCAUGUGCCACCCUGGACAGAUGUCCUUGCUGGGCAGGACAGGUGUGCCCCCACAGCAAGGCAUGGUGCCCCACGGCCUGCACCAGGGGGUCAUGUCCCCACCACAAGGCCUCAUGACCCAGCAGAAUUUUAUGCUGAUGAGGCAGCGGGGUGUAGGGGGUGAGGUCUACACCCAGCCUCCCCAUGUGCUCUCGCCACAGGGCUCCCUCAUGGGGCCCCCUCCCCAGCAGAACCUCAUGGUGUCCCACCCGCUGCGGCAGCGCAGUGUGUCUCUGGACAGCCAGAUGGGCUACCUCCCCACGCCGGGCAGCAUGGCCAAUCUACCCUUCUAGCAGGCCCCUCGGGGAGUCUGGAACUGGGGUUACUGAGAAUAUGUUAACUUUAAAAAGGUUUUGUUUUGUUUUGUUUUUUGUUUUCCCUCCAGUGUUGGGAUGGAUGGCCUGGGUCCAGGGCUAGGGUGGAGGGGUGGGGAGGGGCU